GCAGAACGCGAUCGCCGACUACUCCCGCUCUCGUCCGGACUUCCUUCUGGGAGCCUAAUAAACCUGGGGGAAGUUUAAUCAUUCCGCAGCGAGCCUGGCUCUCUCACUGGGCAUGCUCAGUGGCCGGGCCCCGGUCGGGUGGUGAGUGGCUGUCUUGGGCGCAGGGCUCGGGUCGGCGGCCGCUUGGGCUCGGCUUCCAGGAGUGCGGGCUGGCUACUGCAGCCCCCGAGCCGGGAGCCAGACGCGCCCGCCGCCCCCGCCCCGACGCAGGGCCCCGCCAGAGCCGCGUCGUUCCGGAACCCCGGGCCCCCCAACUUCGCGCCAAGUUCGGAACCGCCCUCUGGGGGAGCCAUGCAAAUGACGACCAGGGACGUCCUGCUAGAAAUGGACCAGGAGGAGGAAGACGACGACGACGGGGAUAUCGGUGAUGUUGCUGCCUCCAAGAGGCCUUUUCUGACUCCUGACCCAUCCAGGCUGGUGUUGGACAACCUCGAACAGACAGCUGUCUCCAGUUUUGGAGCACUGGAAAGUCAGCCUGAUUUCCGAACCCCAGAGUUUGAAGAAUUUAAUGGAAAACUCGACUCCCUCUUUUUUAAUGAUGGUCAGCGAAGAAUCGAUUUUGUUCUAGUAUAUGAAGAUGAAAGUAGAAAAGAAAACAAUAAAAAGGGUUCAAAUGAAAAACAAAGGAGAAAAAGACGAGCGUAUGAAUCUAACCUCAUCUGUGAUGGCCUGCAUUUAGAAGCAACAAGAUCGAUUUUGGAUGAUAAGCUUGUAUUUGUAAAAGUACAUGCCCCAUGGGAGGUGUUAUGUACAUAUGCUGAGAUAAUGCACAUCAAAUUGCCUCUGAAACCCAAUGAUCUGAAAACCCGGUCCUCAGCCUUUGAUAAUUUCAGCUGGUUUACCAAAGUCCUCCAAGUGGAUGAAAGUAUCAUCAAGCCAGAGCAAGAGUUUUUCACUGCCCCAUUUGAGAAGAACCGGAUGAAUGAUUUUUAUAUUCAGGAUAGAGAUACUUUCUUCAAUCCAGCCACCAGAAGCCGCAUUGUUUACUUCAUCCUCUCUCGGAUCAUGUAUCAAGUAAGAGACAAUGUUAAAAAGUUUGGAAUUAACAAACUUGUCAGCUCUGGGAUCUACAAAGCAGCUUUCCCUCUCCAUGAUUGUAACUUCAGCCAUAAGUCAGAGGAUCUCAGCUGCCCAAGUGAACGGUAUCUUCUGUACAGGGAGUGGGCUCAUCCACGAAGUAUAUACAAAAAGCAGCCCUUGGAUCUUAUCAGGAAAUAUUACGGAGAAAAGAUUGGAAUCUACUUUGCUUGGCUGGGCUACUACACUCAGAUGCUCUUGCUAGCAGCGGUGGUAGGAGUGGCUUGCUUUCUCUAUGGAUAUUUUAAUCAGGAUAACUGUACAUGGAGCAAAGAAGUUUGUCAUCCUGAUAUUGGUGGCAAGAUCAUCAUGUGUCCUCAGUGUGAUCAACAUUGUUCAUUCUGGAAUCUCAAUAUUACUUGCGAGUCCUCAAAGAAAUUGUGCAUCUUUGAUAGUUUUGGAACCCUAGUGUUUGCAGUAUUUAUGGGAAUAUGGGUCACCUUGUUUUUGGAGUUUUGGAAGCGGCGCCAGGCAGAACUUGAGUACGAAUGGGACACUGUUGAGUUACAACAGGAAGAGCAACCCCGGCCAGAAUAUGAGGCACAGUGUACUCACGUGGUGAUCAAUGAGAUUACUCAGGAACAAGAGCGUGUUCCCUUCACUACGUGGGGAAAAUGUGUCCGUAUAACCCUUUGUGCAAGUGCUGUCUUAUUCUGGAUCCUGUUGAUCAUUGCUUCCGUUAUUGGGAUCAUUGUCUACAGGCUCUCAGUGUUCAUUGUGUUUUCUACCAAACUUCCCGAGACCUUAAAUGGGACAGACUCAAUCCAGAAGUACCUGACUCCACAGACAGCCACGUCUAUCACAGCUUCCCUCAUCAGCUUUGUCAUCAUCAUGAUUCUGAACAUCAUAUAUGAAAAAGUAGCCAUCAUGAUUACGAAUUUUGAACUCCCAAGGACCCAGACUGAUUAUGAGAACAGCCUGACCAUGAAGAUGUUCUUAUUCCAGUUUGUCAACUACUAUUCUUCAUGCUUCUACAUCGCAUUCUUUAAGGGCAAAUUUGUAGGUUAUCCAGGAGACCCAGUCUAUUGGCUGGGAAAAUACAGAAAUGAAGAGUGUGACCCAGGUGGCUGUCUCCUUGAACUGACAACACAGCUGACGAUAAUCAUGGGAGGCAAAGCAAUCUGGAAUAACAUACAAGAGGUGUUACUUCCCUGGGUCAAGAACCUAAUUGGACGAUGUCGCACAGUUUCCAGAGCAGAAAAAAUAACCCCGCGAUGGGAACAAGACUACCACCUGCAGCUCAUGGGCAAACUGGGAUUGUUUUAUGAAUAUCUUGAAAUGAUUAUUCAGUUUGGGUUCGUCACCUUAUUUGUGGCCUCUUUUCCACUGGCCCCUCUGUUGGCUCUGGUGAACAAUAUAUUGGAAAUAAGAGUGGACGCAUGGAAAAUGACUACCCAGUAUAGACGCAUGGUUCCAGAAAAAGCCCAAGACAUCGGAGCAUGGCAGCCCAUCAUGCAAGGAAUAGCAAUUCUGGCUGUGGUGACCAAUGCCAUGAUCAUUGCUUUCACGUCAGACAUGAUCCCCCGCCUGGUGUAUUACUGGUCCUUCUCCGUCCCUCCCUAUGGGAACCACACCCAUUACACCAUGGAAGGAUACAUCAACAGUACUCUCUCCAUUUUCAAGGUCUCAGACUUCAAAAAUCAAAGCAAGGGAAAUCCAGACCCUAAGGUUGUUAUCCCUACCACAUGCAGGUACCGUGAUUUCCGGAACCCACCUGGACACGAACAACAGUAUAAACACAACAUCUACUACUGGCACGUGAUCGCAGCCAAGCUGGCUUUCAUCAUUGUCAUGGAGCAUCUCAUCUACUCUGUGAAAUUUUUUGUAUCCUAUGCCAUCCCAGAUGUAUCAAAAACCACGAAGAGCAAGAUCAGGAGAGAAAAAUACUUAACCCAAAAGCUUCUUCGUGAGAAUCACCUCAAAGAUAUGACAAAAAAUAUGGGGGUCAUAGCUAAAAGGAUGGUGGAAGUAGUAGAUAAUAAUUUACGACCAAAAUCAGAAUAAGAGCGUUAUGUUCUGAGAAGCACUUUACAGAAUUUAACUCUGUCAAAAUACAUUAUGAAUCACUAAUGAGAAUGUUUAAAUUAAAACACUUUGGCAAAUGGGAGCCUUCGCUAUUGCCAUUUUCAUAGAGAUGAUUUUUCCGUUUCAGCCAGCCAUGCAGGACCUGGGAAAUAUAAAACUUAGAUCAAGAAGUGCAUAAAGCUAAUCAUCUGGAAAACCAGAAAUAUUACUUUUGAUAAAUUGGAAUUUCUGUAACACAGAAAGUGUCUUGUAGUGUGCUUAAAAACCACCCCUUCCAAAGCAGAAUGGAUUUUUGUCCCUCCGUUUGAUUAUUUUCAUUCCUUUCUGUUCUCAAGCACAUGCUCCCCUUUUAGGCAGUGUUUCAUUUCUUCACUUCUCCAGAUCAGUCCCAGAGUUAGCUUUCCUUUACAGUACUGUCGCUAAAGACUAGACAUGCUAGCUUUUGUGUGAUUAAAAAUAGCUAACUCAGAAUUCGGUUUGAUUGGUAUAUUCAGUGGCAGAUAGACCCAAGAAUUCACAAUAUUCAGGUGUAUUAGCACAUCCCUACAGAAAAUGAAACUUCAAUAAGAGGAAAUAGUUUCAGUCUUCAUUUUGGCCUGUCUUUUCGAUCUCAGAGAAAUACUCUUAAUGGAUUGGAAUAAAGAUAGCAAGGUCCUGAAGUGUAUUUGUACUAAUCCACAGUGACACCUUUUAUCUUCCAGGAGCACUCCUAGAAUCUUCUGUGCCUAAUCAGUGUUGACUGCUUUGCAAAUCUCAAGGGAGUAAGAUGACAAAAGCAGGGAAAGUUACAGAUUCAAAUAGAAUCGUAACUCCAAUUGAUCAGGAUAAUUUACCUCUUCUAAAGAUAUGUAGUUUCUUGGGAAAAAAAUGAAAUCGAGGGAUUAAAGUUACAUUUGUAUCAGUGUAAUGGUCUGGAAAGAUAAGUCCAUCCAUUUCCCACCAGUUGUCCGUGAUUCCUCAGAUCCAGGAGGGAGAGCAUUAGAGCCCACAAGCACCACUGGGAAUGGCUCACUGUCUAGCCAGCGUGGCAGGACGGUGCUGUGCGCGCUUAAGAGAACAGCAAGUGCUCUCAUUGUGAGGCUGUGUGGGGGGGGUGCCUUUCCAGCAGGGGUCCUGCAUAUCCAAGUGAUCAACAUACCAAAGCAUCUGCCAUGGUCAAGGUGGUUCCCUACAUCCUCCAUUCCCUUUUCCCAGCCCAGUAACUUUGUAACUUGCAUGCACCAAAGGGUGGGUGGGAGUAGUGGUGGGGGAAGUGGAGGGAGACAGGAGCAGACCCAGAUCACUCCCAAUUCAGAAAAGAGGCUGGUUUUGGUUUGAGCUUCCAGCCUCCCUAAAGCCAUGGUUGGCGGGACAUAACUUCCUGCUGAAUGCCUGUGCCACGCAUAUCUUGCCUUCAGUUUGUUCCGCUCUGCAGUCUUUGCUGUGCUUGACUGCCUUUCAGGCACAAGACCCUCUGGUGGGCUCUCACCACUCACCCUUGACUGGUACCAGGGCAGUGCUAGGUGCAGGACCGGGGGUCUGGCACUGGGUUCUUGCUAGGUGGGCCACCACCCACGGCCGUGCUGCUAAAUGCCCAGGUAUCAUAGAAGCCAAGCCACUCAUAAUCCCAGCAGCAAAGGGAGACGAAAGCUGUUUCAUGAGCAGAUUCAGAGGCUUGUUGUAAGAGAGCAGCUUAACUCAAGGUCACAGUUCUGCAUGCAUGCCGUGAAUGUUUAAAAAACAACGAAAAUAGUAUUUACAUAGGAUCCAUCAAAGCAGUAUUCUGGACUUCUGAAUUGUCCCAGUGGAUCAGGGACAACAUUUCACCAACUGUCUUGGUCCCACGAACAGUGGGAACAGAGUGCUCCCAACAAGCCACAUGAGCUCUGACUGCACAGGGAGUAAGAAAGGAGUUUCUUGCAGCUGCUCAGUCUGCACAGCACAGACCGCGUGCGUCUGGUCCUUUCCCUGCUCAGCUGUGACACUGCCCCUAGCAGUGGUGUCACUUCCUUUCCUCUCACCUCUGCUCUUCUCUGAAGCCUCGGACUAUCUCCUCGUGUUGGAUUUGGCGAGUACUCACUGUUUAUGGGAGCCCAGAAAAGGAAAUGUUCUUGCCUUAUCUUCUCGUAUAUACGAUACAACUUUAAAAGAAUUGUGCAUUUACAUCUUCAUAAAUCAUCUUUCACAAAUCAUCUUCAUAGUUUACAGUGUGCUUUUGUGGCCAGGAGGGGGGAAAGCUCUACAUUUAUAAAGCAGAAAAUCACAUGUAUGACACUGCCAAUAUUCCCCAAACAGCAAAGGAGUGGGGAGCCAGGCCCCCCUGUGACACAGACAGCAUUCACGUAACUCCAGUGCCGACUUGGCGGCGGCGAUGAAAAACGCCGGGCUGCAUGUGCAGGCAGGCACAGGCCGGAUCGGGAUAUGUGCAGAAGCAGCACCCCAGGGAAAAGGGUGGGUGUGGCGGUGCCCCCAUGAGAGGAGAAUCUGGCCCUCCGCCUGCCCGGUGUUAACCACUAGAGAACUUUGAGUUUUAUAUCCUUUUGUAAUGCCUGUGAAUUUUAGCAGAUUGAAGCAUUAGACCAAAAUACUCAGGAGAUUUUUCUUUAACUAUCCCUCAGAUAUUUCAGAUGUGUCAAUAGAAAGGGAAUGCCAUCAUUUUUGUUUGAAAACUAAACAAGGCCAUCUUGUAAACUGUCACCAAAUGCCUUCCCUUUUAAUUACCCGUGCGUGCAUCUGGAAUUUCAGAAAACUCGUUCACCAUGGGGGGCAGAAUGAGCUCUGCUAUUGAAACACUUCUUGUACCAUUUUCUCAUUGUGCAUAUUAUAAGAUGUUUGAAAAGUUAAAAUGUAUGAGCAGCUUAACUAAAAUAGAAUGGAAAUAUUCACGAUGCUUUCAUACACUGUGGCAUAAGAUGUAAAGUUUGUAAUGUUUUGUGAAUUUCUGUGCAUUUUAAUAUUCUUUUAUAAUUAUGAGCAUUUUAAUAAAUUCACUUUUCAAAACAA